UCCGGUAAAUUGGCGGGAACUAAAAAAUUUCAACUUUUUAUUUUCAUUCUGUUUUCUGUGCAUUGACGAAUACAUAGUGGAUCCCAGACAUCAACACUUGGACCUAUUAUCAGAUGAAGGUCCUAGAUACAGCAAUGCAAUUUUCAUCAACUCCCGACGUGAAAAACGUUGGAAAACUUUUGAGUGAUCCAAAUGGCGAAAAUGCAUCAUUCUCUCGCGGAUCAGCGACGAUUGAAGAUCAUUCUUCACGUUAUAUGUUAAAGAAAAAGAAUUUUACAAGACAGUAUGCACAUAUAUAUUCACAAAGGCUUGAGAAACUGCGUCCACACUUGAUAGCAUCAGCGAAAAACAAAUGGGGGAAAGAUAUCUCCGUGACAACCCUUGCAAACUUGGAGAUGGGAAAGAAAUGUGUUGUCGUGGGAACACUGUUUAAACAUAUGGAACUCCAACCUAGUAUACUGAAGGAAAUAAGUGAGGAGCACAAUCUCAAUCCACAACCAAUCAGGAAGAAUUUUACAGAUCCCAAUGAUAAACUAAUCUUGGAAGAUGAGCUUCAGAGGAUCAUACUGAGUGGGGAGAUAGAUGUUCAGUCAGGGGUUACAGGUGUUGUUGUGGCUGUAUAUGGAAAGGAGCCUGAAGACCAACCUGGAACUUUCCAUGUAGAGGACUACUGUCACAGAGCCCUUCCACCCCAGAACCCCCGACCAUCUCUUUCACAGGACAAAUAUAUCGCCAUAGUAUCUGGCUUGGAUAUCGGCAGCAAAAAUGAAAACCCGUUAAAUCAGCAGCUUUUAGUAGACCUUCUUACUGGUCAAUUGGGCGAUGAAUGCCAACAAGAGGCUGCCUCUAAUAUUUUGCGGGUCGUGGUUGCGGGAAACUCACUCAGCUCUGAAACUCAGGACAAAGAUUCUUUAACUAAGGCCAAGUAUCUGACGACGCACUCAGCUGCCGGAAGUGUUGAGGCGAUUAAAUCCCUUGAUGAUCUUCUAGUACAACUUGCGGCCUGUAUGGAGGUAGAUGUAAUGCCAGGAAAACAUGAUCCAUCAAACAGCACCAUGCCCCAGCAGGCUUUGCAUCGAUGUAUGUUCCCGCAAGCCACCAUGUAUCCCACAAUGCAUGCUGUCACAAACCCAUAUGAUUGCAGUAUAGAUGGCAUUAGGUUUCUUGGUCAUUCAGGCCAGCCUAUAGAAGACAUAACAAGAUAUAGUAAUAGGACAGACUACCUAGAAGUGCUUGAGAGCUCACUAAGAUGGGGACACUUGGCGCCUACUGCACCAGACACUUUAGGUUGCUACCCAUAUCUGGAUGAGGAUCCUUUCAUCUUGGAGGAAUGUCCGCAUGUAUAUUUCGCUGGAAACGCACCCUCAUUCCAGCAGAAAACCAUUGAAGGACCAAAUGGACAAACAGUACUCCUGCUGACGGUCCCCCGUUACAGCCAAACAAACACUUGCAUCCUUGUCAACUUGCGCACUUUAACAUGCCAGCCAAUCAAAUUUGAGAGUUCAUUCACUCCUUGUGAUGAAACAAGCCCAGAUGUAGAGAAGUAAAAUCCAACAGAAUUGUGAUGAAAGUGAAUUUAGGGGUUGUCAUGAUAUUAUUGGGGCACUUGUCAUUUACUAUCAAUCAGAAGUAUUUAUCUGUGUCGACAUAUUUCAUUUGCAUUUUUCUAAGGAAAUGGCCUACGGAAUAGAAGAACUAGAAAGACUGACAUAUUUUUAUAAUUGAGCCAAAAAUAUAGGCACAAUAAAAUGUUUGACCCAGAAUGAGAGAUUUUUUCCCCAUUCAAUCAAAAUGUAUGGAUUAUUAUAUUGAGUGUUUUAUCUGCUAAAUUGGAUCAUAAAAAUGAAUAGCAAGAAAGUAGAACAAAAUGAUGUACUGAAUCAUUGUCAUUCAUCAAUUGGUGACCUGGUUCAAUUCAUUAAUCAUACAUUGUUUGUUCAGAAAAUUUCAAUCCAGUUAAUGAAAGUUCAGUUACACCUCUGUAAAGUGUUUUUCUCAAAAAGUGUUUCACUGUAAAGGUGUUCCUUAAAUAGUGGUUCAUUCUAUACUAAGUUAAUGUGACUUUAAAAAGUGUUCUUUAAGAUUAACUUAACAAGUUUUACUUCAUUUAUUUUCUGACAAUUAUCAACGAAAAAAAAAUCAUCAAUAAAAAAUAUAACAAAUUGUAUGAUAUUUAAAAGAGGAGGCUAGAAUGAAAUCAAUAAAGGAUGCAUUUUGGACUUUUGAUAUAUGGAAGAGACCAUUUAAUAACUGAAUGGUACUUUUCUGAAAAGAGAUUCAUGUUGCUAUGGUAAUAGUAUUUUACUAUAAAUAUUACAAAUCAAAUGGAUGUUUAUAUUGAUUUUUAUAGUAUUUGAAAUCAUGUACUUGUUGACAAUUUUAUAAAAGAUGAAUGAAAUAAAUAAGUCUCCC